CGAAAAGGCAGCCUGUCCGUACGUCCUAGCUUGAAAAGGGAACAUCUUCACUUCACUUCUAUUUUCCCGUCAUCUUCCCUCCCUUCUCUCCGGUUCUCUGCUGCCCCUCCAUUCCUUUCGUUCUUGCUCUACAGUACUUUGCUUCAGCUUCUCCGCUCUUCUUCUUUGUUCGUCUCCUGAACUAGGGAGCCCUGGAUACCCCUUCUCUAACCCCUCCAUCGUAGCAUUGCGCUCCACCAGCCCAACCCAACCGCGGCAACUCCCCACCACGACCAACCUCCACGACCAACCGACCCUCCGCAAACAUCCUCCGCAAUGCUCGCCCCACCACAACCUAACGACAUCUCGCGGCCGCCGUCGCCGCCGUCCCACCACCCCACGAAUGCCUACACCACGGGCCUUCCGGCGCCACCACGAAUCCUAAUCCCCCCGCCGUCAUUGAACCCCAGCGACAGCAACGGCCUUCCAGAAUGGCAGCAGCCCACGCUGCAGAGCAUGAUCCUGCAAUGCGACCCGAUCCUGCAGGGCCCCGCACAGGACUGGCGGUACGAGUUCCGGCGCGAAGCGCAGCAGCUCCUGCCGCACCUCUUCCUGGGGCCUCUGUCAGCCACCAAGAACCAAGACUUCCUGCGCAGCAAAAACAUCACGCUCCUGCUCGCGGUGCGCUCCAACAUGACGGCGCGCGCCCGCCUGCUGUCCUCGCAGCUCGCCGGCGUUAGAUACGAAAGCAUCGACGUGGGCUCCAACCAGGAGCUGAUCUCGCAGUUUCAGCGCGCGGGCCACAUCAUCGACGAGCACUACAUCUCUGCGCUCCCCGCUGGGGAGGCGUUCAUGGCCGCGAACCACACGCAGCAGCCGCCCGGCGGAAGAACACUCCUGUUCUGCGAGAGCGGCAAUGAACGCAGCGCUAUUGUCGCCGCAGCCUAUGUCAUGCAGCAUUUAAGAGGAUCUACCAUUCAGGCUAUACAACUCGUCCAGGCGAAACGCUUCUGUGUUUGCUUCGACGAUAGCAUGAAGUGGAUGCUCUCUAACUACGAGCCGAUCCUGAUUGCGAGACGCAUGCAGCAAGGAGCGGUACAGCAGCAGAAUGAUGGUGGAGGUGGUAGUGGUGGUGGCGGCGGUGGUGGUGCGGCGGUGGUUGUGGGCGGAAGUGGGAAGGGAAAGAGACGAUUCGAUGAGGACGACGGUGACGAGGAGUGGAAUGGCGGUGGCAGAGCCCCAUUUCUGGACCAGUAUGAAUCCGAGGAUUUAGAUAUGUCUUGAGGUGGGGGUUUGUGAGAAGGGGCAUUUGACGUCGGUUUGCCUGCCUGCCCCGAUGAUUCUGCACGCCUACGCUACCUAACCCAAGUACUCUACCUACCGAUCACCGAUUUCACCUGCGUAAAACUCUCUUACUUUUUUACUCCCACUCAACAGGAUUCCCCGGGUAGCGUGUCGUUUUAGCUACACGGCUCACUUGCUUGCUUGCUUGACCUUGUUGCGUUUGCUUCUUUGCGUGUGUGCUGUGUGCUGUGUGCUGU